UCGACUGUGUUAGCUAAUCGUUUAGCUGCCUAUCUUACUUGAGGGUCAGCUAAGGAGAGGCGCAAAUGUCUCCUAUAAAGUGGUAUAUUAGGUGCGAUUUAUUUACAUGAUGAUUUUAAGACAUAUAGCAUUAUCCCUUUGUAUUCUGGAAAAAUGAUACGAGUGCUGUCAAGUGUCUCGGCUGGGACUGUCUUACUGGCCAGACAGCCAAAGUUCGUUGAGCUCGCUGUAAGACACCAACACAUUGGCUCAUACGAUGUGGUGGUGGUUGGUGGAGGCAUCGUGGGUUUGGCCUCGGCACGGGAGCUGAUCCUUAGACACCCAACAUUAAGCUUUGCUCUGCUGGAGAAGGAGAAGGAGCUCUCGAUGCACCAGAGUGGUCACAACAGCGGAGUAAUCCACAGCGGCAUCUACUACACGCCAGGCUCUCUGAAAGCAAGACUGUGUGUGAAGGGGGCCACGCUGGCCUAUGAGUACUGCGAGAAGAAGAACAUCCCCUACAAGAGGUGUGGGAAGUUGAUUGUAGCUACAGAGCGUGAGGAGAUUCCCCGUCUGAAGGCUUUGUAUGAGCGAGGCAUGAAGAACAAUGUCCGAGACUUGACCGUUGUCGACGCCAAAGGCAUCAGAGAGAGAGAGCCGUUCUGCAGGGGUUUAAUGGCUCUGGACUCACCCUACACUGGCAUAGUGGACUGGCGUAAAGUUGCCCUCAGAUAUGGGCAGGAUUUUAAAGAGGCAGGGGGAACCGUGACAACUGAGUUUGAGGCAUCUGACAUCACUGUGGUGAGGGAGAGUCCUGCCAGGAUCUCAGAAGGUCUUAAAUACCCCAUUGCUAUUAGAAGCUCCAAGGGUGAUGAGGUGCAUUGUCGUUAUGUGUUGUCUUGUGGGGGUCUGUACUCUGACCGACUGUCCCAGAUCUCGGGUUGUAGUCCUGAGCCCCCGUAUGAUCGUGCCCUUCAGGGGGACUACCUGGUGCUCAAGCCAGAGAAACGCUACCUCGUGCAGGGAAACAUCUACCCGGUGCCAGAUCCUCGUUUCCCAUUCCUGGGAGUUCACUUCACCCCCCGUAUGGACGGCAGUGUGUGGCUGGGUCCCAAUGCCGUCCUGGCUUUCAAACGUGAAGGCUACCAGCUAUACGACCUCAAUGUUAGGGACCUCACAGAUGCACUAUCCUUUAGAGGUUUGCAGAAGCUGGUGAUGAAGAACAUAACCUAUGGUUUGGGUGAAAUGUUCAGGGGCGUGUUCAUAGGGGCACAGGUGAAAAUCCUGCAGAAGUUUAUACCUGAGCUCUCUCUAAGUGAUGUAGUCAGAGGUCCAUCUGGAGUGCGGGCACAGGCUCUAGACAAGGAUGGGAACCUGGUGGAUGACUUUGUGUUUGACGGGGGCACGGGGGAAAUUGGCAGUCGGGUGCUGCACGUACGCAACGCCCCCUCACCCGCCGCCACCUCCUCGCUUGCUAUUGCCGAAAUGGUCGCCGACGAGGCCGAGAAACGUUUUACCCUCUGACACACACACACACACAAGAAAUACCCAAAAGUGCAUACACAC